CCCCUCUUCCUUCUUCUCCUACCGCCCCUCCGUCCCUCCCCGUGUCCCUCCCUCUCCCUCUUUCCCUCCGUCCCGGGUGCGGAGCGUCUCUAACAGUGCCGCCGCCCGGGCCGGGGCCGCCUCCAGUCGCUGCGGGAAAGUGGGCUCCGGGAGCCGAGGUCCGGGCCGUUCUCCCUCCCGUCCUGUCGGUUUUCCGUCUUCUCCCCUUUCCCCAAAUCUCGGCCCCGGUGACGACGGAGGCGGCGGCGGCCGAGGGCCUGCUGUUGAGGUUCCCCCGAGGAGGGGGCGCCGGGUGCGAAUCCCGCUCCGCCUCUCCACACCCCGGAUCGCGCCUCCAACGACGCCUGCUCUAACGGCCCCCGCGAGGCGUGAUAGGCGCCCCGUCGGCUCUCCCGACCCCUGGAGUGGGAAGACGAAGCUUUGGGCGACCCCACUCCGGGCAACCAGCCCUUGGCAUCGUUCGGCGAAUGGUCCUGUCCCCCGGGCCGGUCUCACCGCGCCCUUUCUCUCCUCCCCCCCCCCCCCCCCCCCCGCUGUCCUCCACUACAGAGCCCGUGGGGGAAGCCCGUGUCCAGCCUGCUCCCGGUGGCCGCAGCAACGGCAGGACCCCCCCUCCGAGCGGGACCCCAAUUCCUCCGCCCCUGCCAGGACCCUCCGCCGGAGAGACCACCAGCCCCACCAUUCAGCGCGCAAGAUACCCUCCAGACAUGCCCUGCGUGCAAGCCCAGUAUAGCCCAUCGCCGCCCGGCCCGGGCUAUUUGGCGGCGCCCUGCGCCUAUAGCGCAGACCCUAUGGACCCUAUGGACCCGGACUACGCCAAGCUGAGCGUGGGGCUGGGCAGCGCCGAGCUGGCCGCCACCACCGCCCUGCCCAGCUUCAGCACGUUCAUGGAGGGCUACCCGGGCGCCUUCGACCUCAAGCCGUCGUGCCUGUACCAGGGGCAGGCCCCGGCCGGGCCCAGGCCGCCGGGCAAGCCGGAGGACGGUCGCCACCAUGGCUACCCCCCUGCAGGCCCGCCGGGGCCUGCCCUCUACUUCAAGCCCGCGCCCCCGUCCCCGCCCGCCUUCUCUGGACCCCUGUGGGACGGCCCGCUGGACGCCCCCGGGCCCCUGAUGGACGCCCCGGGCAAGGCCGCCCCCGCCCGCUUCCCCCUCUUCCACUUCAAGACUUCACCGCCGCCCUCCUCCUCCGGGCAGCAGCCGGGCUACGACGCCUCCACCUCCUCCUCCUCCUCCACGCUGCACCUGCCCCUGGGCGUCCAGCCCAACGCCGCCCUGGAGGGCCACGCUUACGGGCUGCCGCUGGCCAAGAGGGCGACCGGCCUGGCCUACCCCCAGCUGGGGCUGGCCAGCGAGGGCAGCCUCCCGUCCCCUCCCGGACGGACUGGCACGGCCGGGGAGGGCACCUGUGCCGUGUGCGGGGACAAUGCCGCCUGCCAGCACUACGGUGUGCGCACCUGCGAGGGCUGCAAGGGCUUCUUCAAGAGAACCGUACAGAAAAAUGCGAAAUACGUCUGCCUGGCUAAUAAGAACUGUCCCGUGGAUAAGAGACGUCGAAACCGCUGCCAGUAUUGCAGAUUUCAGAAAUGUCUCAGCGUUGGCAUGGUUAAGGAAGUUGUCCGUACCGAUAGUCUGAAAGGGAGGAGAGGUCGGCUACCUUCCAAACCAAAGAGUCCUCUCCAGCAGGAAUCUUCCCAGCCCUCUCCACCUUCUCCUCCAGUCAGCAUGAUCAAUGCCCUGGUUCGAGCUUUAACCGACUCAACCCCCAGAGACCUUGAUUAUUCUAGGUACUGUUCCAUCGACCAGACUGCUGCAGGCACGGAUGCAGAACAUGUACAACAGUUCUAUAAUCUUCUGACUGCCUCCAUCGAGAUAUCCAGGGGCUGGGCUGAAAAAAUUCCAGGAUUUACUGACCUUCCAAAGGAAGAUCAGACCUUACUUAUAGAAUCAGCUUUUUUGGAGCUGUUUGUACUAAGACUUUCCAUCAGAUCUAAUACUGCUGAAGAUAAGUUUGUAUUCUGUAAUGGACUAGUGCUUCAUAGACUUCAGUGCCUUCGUGGAUUUGGGGAAUGGCUCGAUUCAAUUAAAGACUUUUCCCUAAACUUACAGAGCCUUAACCUUGAUAUUCCAGCCUUAGCAUGCUUAUCAGCUCUCAGUAUGGUUACAGAACGUCAUGGGUUAAAAGAACCAAAGAAGGUGGAGGAGCUAUGCAGCAAGAUCACCCGAAGCCUGAAAGAGCACUUGGCCCUCAGUUGCCAGAAUAAAGAGGCCGCUGAGCCCAAGGUGCUGGGGGCCCUCGCGGACUUGCGCUCUCUUUGCACCCUGGGCCUCCAGCGCAUCUUCUAUCUGAAACUGGAAGACCUCGUGCCGCCUCCUUCCAUCGUGGACAGGCUGUUUCUGGACACCCUGCCCUUCUGAGGUUGGCUCCGUGCCCCGAGCAGGCCCUUGCGUGGAUAGGGCUGCCCGGUCCCUGCCGGGCCCCUCCGGAAGGGAAGAGCGGCGUCCCCCGUUUGGAACAAGACCAUCUCCGCCGGCGCUUUUCCCUGCCGCUUGAAGCCGAAAAACUGAAUGGCAUACGUCCUUGGGGUUGUGUUUCUGUUUCCAAUAUUCGGGGGCGAUUUGCGGGGUUUUCUAAGACAUUGCUAAUCCAGCCCUUUAGGACAACGCUCUCCCAGCGCAAAAAAAAAAAAAAAAACACACAAAAAAACGAAGGGUUGCCCUGACUGACAGUAUUCAACCGCUCCGUGGGGAAUGACGUUGUAGAUGCUUUGUAUUUAAAAACGGCACAAACCGGGGUUUGCCGGCUGGUACGUGUCUUGGGAUGGAUUGACUGAUCCCUGCCGAAGGUACCUCCGGUGUCGAGAGCACACGUGUCGGCGUCAACAAAACAGAAGUUCUCUUCUUCAAACAAACGAUGUGGAACUGAGGAUUUCAUACGCAUCAGAGAAAGCAGAAUGACAGUGGCUAUUAACUCCCAUGUUCAAGUGCAAUUUCGUAAAGUGCUGUCUUACUAAGUCUCGUUUAUUAACUUUUAAUUUAUUGCAGUAGGAAAAUCACAAGGAAGAAAUUAAGCGUGGAGUACGUGCGCUAAUUUUACACGACCGUGUUUCCCAAACUUGAAUUAGUGUAGUGACUGACAAAAUGUAUCCGGGAAGACGCGGAGGGUGCG